CACAGGAAAUCAUUACGAAAAUGCAGGAGUGUGUAAAAGCGCGGUUCUUUGUCUUUACUGCUGUGAAAUCACGAGUAUUUUUUAUCAUUUAGAGCAGGACUACAUCUGAAAAUAAUAAAUAACACUAUCUAAGAAAUCGAGGUUUGAAAACCUUUAGCGAAACUGAAAAGAGAUAAUUUUCUUUGCCUUGCACCUGUUGCGCUGUAGAGCGACGUCAUCGACGAUUGCAGACUACAUACCGAGAUCGUUGAUAUCGUUCAUACUCACAUGAUUCAAUAUGGCCGCUCCCUGGAGAAUCCGGAGAUAGUCACAGAUUCACUGCUGGAUAUUCGCUAUUUUCAGUUUUAUUUGUUUCACAGAAAGCUCCUCGUAUAAUAUAAAAUGGGAGACUUUUUAGCCGACAACAACCAGUGUGGCCAGACAGCCCUGAAGCUGGUCUCAAGAGGGAAUGCCAUCAUUGCAGAGCUGUUACGUCUCUCCGUCUUUGUACCACCAGUGUUUCGCUUGGACAACAAGCAUGAUCAGAUGAAAUAUGGAGAUAUUCUCUUUGACUUUUCAUACUUCAAGUCUUUUGACUACUAUGAUCACAGGAUUGAUUCAAGGCCGGAACUGCAAGACCUUGAUGAAAUGUUCCGUGAGAACCACAUGGAAAUCCUGAGGCGUUUCUACCUCGCCUUUGAGAGCAUCCACAAAUAUGUCAUGGAUCUAAACAGAUUUUUGGAAGAACUUGAUGAGGGUGUCUUCAUUCAACAAACGCUAGAGACUGUACUGCUCAAUGAGGAUGGUAAACAAUUAAUGUGUGAAGCUCUAUACCUGUAUGGUUGUAUGCUGUUGAUCGUUGAUAUGAGGAUUGAAGGAAGGGUCAGAGAGAGGAUGCUUGUCUCUUAUCACAGAUAUAGUGCAUCCAGAGCAUCAGUAGAUUCUAACAUGGACGAUGUAUGCAAGCUACUGAGGAGUACUGGCUACCACCCCUCCCCCGCCGCUAAGAGACCCCCAAACUACCCAGAGGAAUACUUCAAACGCAUUCCUAUCAGCAGAACAUUCAUAGCUAUGGUGAUGGGAAGGUUGCGAUCCGAUGACAUCUACAACCAAAUCUCAGCGUACCCCUUGCCAGAGCAUCGUAGCACAGCCCUGUCCACCCAGGCAGCCAUGCUGUACGUCAUCAUGUUCUUCUCACCCGAUACACUCAACUCACAACAGGCCAAGAUGAGAGAGAUUGUUGAUAAACACUUCCCCGAUAACUGGGUGAUCACUGUAUACAUGGGCAUCGUUGUCAAUCUAGCAGAUGCAUGGGAGCCUUACAAGGCAGCCAAGACAGCACUCAACAAUACACUGGACCUUAACAAUGUCAAAGAACUGGCUAUUCGUCACAACAAGAGGCUAGAACAGCUGAUCCAGAUGACCAAGCACUACCUGACUGAAGGAAACCUGACAGAGGAGUAUGUCCUGGACAACAUCCCCAAACUCAUGAACUGUCUCAGGGAAUGCAACGUUACCAUUAGAUGGCUCAUGCUGCACACAGCAGAAGGACCAUGGGACCAUAACAAGAAAGUACGUCAGAUAAGAGAGCAGCUUGUACAGGAGGGCAAGUACAGUCCUCAGAAGAUGUUUGAGUGUCUACUCAACACUGCUCAACUAGAAUUCAAACUCAAAGAGAUGUUCAGGAAGAUGUUGGUUGAGAAGCAUGAUAAAUGGGACACCUACAAGACAGAAGGCGUUGAGAGGAUGGCCGAGCUCUCAGAGGUCUUCUCUGGAACCAAGCCGCUCACAAGAGUCGUUAAAAACGAGAAUCUGCAGGCUUGGUUUGGUGACAUGUCGAAGCAGAUCUCAUCCCUCGCUUACGAUGACUCUACAGCAGCCGGAAGGAAGAUCAUUCAACUCAUUCAGGCUUUGGAAGAGGUGCAAGAGUUCCACCAGCUGGAAGCAAACCUGCAGGUGCGUCAGUUCCUUGCGGAGACCCGGAAGUUCCUCCACCAGAUGAUCCGGACAAUUAACAUCAAGGAGGAGGUUCUCAUCACCAUGCAGAUCGUUGCUGAUGUGUCAUACGCCUGGGAGAUCAUUGAUAAUUACACACCUUUCAUGCAGCAGGGGAUCAAGAACUAUCCAGCAUUGGUCAUCAAACUCAGAGCUACAUUCCUCAAGCUUGCCUCAGCUCUUGAUUUGCCACUGAUCCGGAUCAACCAAGCGAAUAGCCCUGAUCUGGUCAGCGUAUCGCAGUAUUACUCCAAUGAGUUGGUAGCCUAUGUUCGUAAGGUUCUUCAGAUCAUCCCCCAGACCAUGUUUGCUCUCCUCUCUCAAAUCAUCCAGCUUCAGACGCAUCACAUCAAAGAGGUCCCAACACGACUAGAAAAGGAUAAGCUCAAAGACUAUGCUCAGCUAGACCAGCGAUACGAGGUUGCAAGGUUAACCCAUUCCAUCUCGGUGUUUACAGAAGGCAUCCUCAUGAUGAAAACAACUCUUGUAGGAAUCAUCAAGAUUGAUCCCAAGCAGCUUCUUGAGGAUGGCAUCAGGAAAGAAUUGGUCGCCCAGGUAGCCAGCGCUCUUCAUAGCUCUCUCAUCUUCAAUCCCAAGGCCAAGGUCUGUGAAUUGAUGCCGAAGCUUGAAGCACUUGGAGCUAGGAUGGACGGAUUCAUCAGGUCGUUCGAGUACAUCCAGGACUAUGUAGAUAUCCAUGGUCUUAAGAUCUGGCAGGAGGAGGUCUCAAGGAUCAUCAAUUACAACAUGGAGCAAGAAUGCAACAGCUUCCUCAGGACCAAGGUGCAUGAUUGGCAGAGUGUAUACCAGUCCACCACCAUCCCCAUCCCAAAGUUCCCCCCGGUAGAUAACUCCAUCAACUUCAUGGGACGGCUAGUGAGGGAGAUCCUUCGCAUCACUGAUCCAAAGACCACCACCUACAUAGAUGCCAUGAAGACAUGGUAUGACCUGAAGACAAGAGCAGAGGUCCUGGACAUGAAGGUCUUCUCCAAACUACAGCAAAGUAUCGGUACCUAUGGACUGACCGGUCUUGACCGUCUGCUGUGCUUCAUGAUGGUCAGAGAGCUCCAGAACUUCUUGACCAUCAUCGAAAAGGGCGUCCUAAGGGACAAGGCCUGGCUGGAGAUGUUUGGAGGUCUGAUGAAGUCUCUCAAUCCGGUCAAGGGCAUCAUUACUAACCCCUCCAAACUGUACUCACACUACAUGACCAAAGCUGCUAAGAUGUGGGUACCAUUCAUCAAUGUUGUCUUGAAGGUUGGUCAGAUGCAGUUACUAAGGAGGCAGAUAGCCAAUGAACUCAACUUCUCAUGCAAGUUUGAUUCCAAGUUUCUAGCGAGUGCCUUGGAGACAAUGAACAAGAGUCUGAUGGCAGAUGUAGAAGCUCACUACCAGGACCCCAACCUUCCCUACCCCAAGGAAGAUAACCCUCUUAUGUAUGAGCUUUCAUCAUACUUGGAAUGUGCUGGUAUCGGAAACCCCCUCGGCAAGAUUUAUAUUACGACCAAGAGGCUACCAUAUUUCUCUCUCUUCACCUUCCUCUUUGUUGCGGCCCAGCUCCCCAAGCUGCAGUAUGUCAAGACUGUGGGGAGCAUCAUUGGCAAACUACCGAAGGAUCCGAUCGAUGGACCUCCUUUCAUCGUCGGAGUCCUGACCCUCCUCAAGCAGUUCCAUUCAGAGAAUACUGAUCAGUUCCUAGCACUUCUUGGACAGUACGUCAGGUCUCUGGUAGAGUCCACCGCUGCUGGUGGACGAGCAUCUGAGCUUCCUCAGGAGGCAGUCUGCAUCCUGGCUUUCCUAGAUGACUUUGUGCACUAUGCAGCCCUCCCAAGACAGGGUCUUGAUAGAGGAGGCGACAUGCCCAGAAGGAGGUUCCUCAACGAGGAUGAGAUCCAGGAGGUCAUUGAUGGAUUCAUGGCUGAUGACAACAGCGAAUAUGGAGACAAUAAAUUUCUUCUUGAUUUGGAGGCUCGAGAGGCAGUGUCUGAUGACGACGGGUCUGAUGGCGAUGGGUCUGAUGGCGACGUGUCUGAUGGCGAUGUGUCUCAUGGCGAUGUGUCUGAUGGCGACAUAGAACAAAAGGACAUCCAAAAUGACAUCGUAAAUGACUACAUGGAGAAUGCAUAUGAUGAUAUGUGGUGUCGUGCAUUUGAUCAUCGUGUUGGACCUCUUCUUCGCGAACCUCUUGAUGAAGUCACACCCAGUGAAGUUUUUUCGGACUUCUUGUCAGCAGAGAUAGUUGAUAGAAUAGUGGUGGAGACUAAUCGUUAUGCUGACCAGUAUUUCAGGAGAGUAGGAGGGAAAGAGAACUUGUCUCCUCGGUCAAGGGCAAGGACCUGGAUUCCAACUGAUCCAGCAGAGAUGAAGGCCGUUUUUGGAAUCAUUUUGUACACCGGCCUUGUUCGCUUGCCGGCUUACAACCUAAUGUGGAGUACAAACUCACUGCUUAAUUUUGGCAUCAAGAGCAUCAUGUCACGGGACCGCUUCAUGCAGCUGUUGUCAUUUCUUCACCUGGUAAUCAACGAAGAUGCUCCUGAAGGUGACAAUAGAGAUCGACUCUUCAAGGUGAGAGGAGUCAUGGACAUGUUCACAGAUAGAUGGGCAGCAAAGUUCUACCCUGGUCGUGAAGUCAGUGUCGACGAGACAGUGAUAGCAUUCAAGGGGAGGACUGGGUUAAGGCGCUAUAAUCCAAACCAGCCUCAUAAGUGGGGGAUGAUAGCUUGGAGCAUUUGCGAUGCCAACACCGGCUAUGUCCAGAACUGGAACAUUUCCACGGGGCAGGAAGUCCUGGAGAAUGAUCGUGGGGCCAUGCACCAGAUAGUGAUGGAUGUCUCGACUGGAUACCUGAACAUUGGACACCAUAUUUAUAUGGAUAAUCUGUUUUCUUCACCGAGUCUUUUUGAAGAGCUGGCUAGCAAAGACACCGGUGCAUGUGGGACACUGAGGGCCAACCGGAGAGAUGUCCCCAAUGAUAUCAAAUCACACAAGCCCAAGAAGGACGAUCCACCUUUAGUGGUAAAGGAAGGGGAUAUCACAUACAUUUCAUGGGCAGACAAGCGAGCAGUAAAACUUAUCACGUCUGUGCACAAUGGAGACACGUUCAUCAAAGAAGUCAGAGCAAAGAAUGGUCCAGACCACAUUAGGAGAUAUGUCAAACCCAAAGCCAUGGAGCAAUACACAUAGAAUAUGGGCGGAGUCGACCUUGCCGAUCAGCUUCUCUGGCACUCCCUGAACAUCCACAGAUCCUGCAAGUGGUGGAAGAAGAUCUUCGUUGCCCUUCUCGAAGUUUCUUUCUGCAAUGCUGUCAUUGUACUUAGGUCCCUCUACGCAAUGAAGCCAGCUCACCUACGAAAGAGGAUCGACGUGAACAAAGUUCGGCUAUCCAUCAUCACUGGCCUUCUCGCAGGGUAUGAGAAGCCGCGUGCUAUCCAUGUGGGACCAAGACUAGAGGCUGAUCAACCACUCGGAAGACUGACGGAGAAGCACUUCCCUGCAAACAACCCCAAGAGGAAGGUAGAUGGGAAGCCAUGUUUCCGAGACUGUGAGGUGUGCUCCAACAGGGAGGGAAAACGUCACCAAACAUCAACUGUUUGCAGAGACUGUGGGAACAUCCCCCUGUGCGACAAGCCAUGCUUCAGACUGUACCACACCAAAAGGAAGUACAAGACGGCCUGUACUCCUGCGUUUCAUCUUGAGAUUGACAAUGUAAUGGAUGCGGAGCAAUAGAUAGCAAAUAUUAUCUAUUCCAGCUGGAAUGAACUAUCAUGUGAUACCUCCAGUGGGAUUUUAUUCAUGUCCUUACCGUUAUAUGAAUUUAUUUGUCAUUAUUUAAUAAUUGCAAUGUAAUAUCAAAUAAUACAAUGACAUUUUUCUGUCAGGGUCUAGAUGCGAAAUGUUUAUAUUUUUCCAUUUUGCUGAUAAUAAUUUGCUCUACAGAUUAUUCGCUAUCAUGUGAUACUUUCUAUUGGAUUCAUUCAUGUUGCUUCCCAUUUAUUAUUGGUGUAAUAAUAAUAUGCAUUAUUAUCAAGUAAAGUAAUAGCUGCUGAUUUUCAGGCAAAGAUAUUUUGAUCAGGUGUUGUGGUACACGUGAUUUCUUUUAUUGUUAGUAUUAAAUCGCUAUGGACCCAUCAACUA